AUGUGCGCGGGGACCACACGCAAGCAGGCCACGGCGGGGGCGCUGCUGAGGAAGGUAAUGAGGUUUCCCAACCUCCUGCGGUCGGACUGCAAGGUGCUCGAGAUCAAUGUGCUGGGGCAAGAGGAGAGCGUGCCCCUGGCGCUGCACCCCGACGGGGAGGAGCACUGCGUCGGCGUGCCCAGCAGCGGCGGGGAGGCGGCCAGCCUUGUGUUGGCCCUGCGGGACUCGGGCGCGGAGGCGACCACGGCGGCCUCGGACGCAAGCCAGGCGGCAGGCCCCGCCGAGGCCAGCAAGUACCUGGCCCAGCAUGGUGUGCUGCCGUACGUGCACCGCCUCCAACCUAUAACGGUGGAAUCGGGUGGUGCGGCGGAGAAGGAGGACGACGACGAUGAUGGUGAUGCCUUCACCCAAGUAGGUAAUCCUUGCCAGUAUGUCUAA